AUGGCUGAGUCCAAAGAUCAGCUCGUGUUUGGCUACUGGGCAUGUCGUGGUCUAGGUGAACCAUCACGAUUGACUCUUCAGUAUACUAAAACACCUUAUACGGAAAAAACUUAUCAUUUUCGUGAUGCACCUGAAUACAGUCGCGAUGAAUGGCUCAAAGAAAAGUUCAAUCUCGGCCUAGAUUUUCCAAAUUUACCCUAUUUAAUGGAUGGCGAUUUGAAGCUCACACAAUCUAAGGCUAUUUUAUACUAUCUCGGUUGGAAAUUCAAUCUUCUGGGCACGAAUGCAAAAGAGGAAGCUUUGAUUAAAAUGCUCUGUGAGCAAGCAUAUGAUCUUCGUGUCCAGUAUGGCGUUUUUUGUUACGAUCAAAAUGGAGAUUCUGAAAGUGAACGGAAAAAGUUUCUUGAAACAAAUGUUACAGAGUAUAUAAAACAAUUCGAUGCUUUUCUCAGUAAGAACAAGAGUAAAUUUGCUGUUGGUGAUAAACCUACUGUGGCUGAUUUUCAAUUAUUUGAUUAUAUCGAUGCUUCUUGUUCACUUGAGGGUGGACGUACACUACUCGACAAAUAUACCAAUGUGAAAGAGUUACUUCAACGAGUUCAUGAAUUACCCGAAUUGAAAGAUUAUAUUCCCAAUGCUCAUGCUCAACUACCAAUAAGUGGCAAAAUGUCGAAAUUUGGUGGACAAGUUGAUACUUUCAGUCGUGCCUAUCUUUUUGAUCAAGCACAAAAAUUUAUUGAUGAAUUUGAAAAAUCUCAUCGUCCUUCAAUUCCAAUGAGUGCUAGGAAUACUUCAUUAUCACGAAAGAUUUUUGAUCGUAUUCAAUCAAAUUUUUCCGACGUUCAAAGUUGUCUUACAUCGGUAACAGUUCUUCUUGCUGAUACAUAUGCGUUAAGUGGCAAUAAGUUGAUAGCAUCAAACAUACGAACAAAAUUAAGUCAAUCGAGUAUGAAAAAAGCUGUUGGUUAUUCUUGGACUGUUAUUAGUGGAAAAAUUUUUAAAUUUCGAGCUCAUGAUCGAUCUCAUCCAUGUUCACAAGAAAUUUAUGUAGAAUUAGAUAGAUUACGAAAUGAACUAAUUGAACAUGGUUACAAAUAUGAUGAAUCUUGGAUAAUACGACCAUUAGAGAAUGGUGAGACCGCUCAAUCAAUAUUAUCUGGACAUAGCGAACGACUUGCUAUUGCUUUGAACUUGAUUCAACGGCCAACUCCAACUCGGAUUCAAAUUGUAAACAAUUUACGUAUUUGUGGCGAUUGUCGCUAG